GGAAUUAGCGAAGAGCAACAGCAACAAUGAAAGGCUGUGUUUUCCUCACCGUUCUGUGGUUUGCCUUUUGUGCCAUGAAAGCCAAUAGUGCCAGCACAACCACCCUCGCUUCUACCUCAAGAUCCACUCAGCCUACCACUACAACAACUAUUUCUACCCCAACUUCUCAAGACAAGAGUACCAGCACAACCACCCCCACUUCUACUUCAAAUUCCACUCAGCCUACCACUACAACAACUAUUUCUACUCCAAGUUCUCCAGACAAGAGUACCAGCACAACCACCCCCACUUCUACUUCAAAUUCCACUCAGCCUACCACUACAACAACUAUUUCUACUCCAAAUUCUCCAGACAAGAGUACCAGCACAACCACCCCCACUUCUACCUCAAAUUCCACUCAGCCUACCACUACAACAACUAUUUCUACUCCAAAUUCUCCAGACAAGAGUACCAGCACAACCACCCCCACUUCUACUUCAAAUUCCACUCAGCCUACCACUACAACAACUAUUUCUACCCCAAAUUCUCCAGACAAUAGUACCAACACAACCACCCCCACGUCUACCUCAAAUUCCACUCAGCCUACCACUACAACUAUUUCUACCCCAACUUCUCAAGACAAUAGUACCAACACAACCACCCCCACGUCUACCUCAAAUUCCACUCAGCCUACCACUACAACUAUUUCUACCCCAACUUCUCAAGACAAUAGUACCAACACAACCACCCCCACGUCUACCUCAAAUUCCACUCAGCCUACCACUACAACUAUUUCUACCCCAACUUCUCAAGGCAAUAUCACCAACACCACAUCCACUACAAGGUCCAAACCAUUAACAGAACAGAAACGUUGGGUUUCCCUGUAA